GCGGUGCAGAAACUGUGGAAACUUGCAUCAGCCGGGAGGAGCAGAGCAGGCUGGGUUAUGCGUGGUCAGGAGGGGAGAAAACACAACAAUAUGGACACAACCUGCGAAGAUUAUAGUAUAUUUAAACUUUAAAACAACAGCAGCACUCAGCCUCCUCCCUCUCCUCCUCUUCCUCCUCCUCUUUCUUCUCCUCUAACUUCAUGAAGCCGGUUUGACUGAGGGACACUGUGUUCGUGCAGCAGGACAUCACACAUUUACAUCAAGCUGCAUGUGUGUGAAUGAGCAAAGUGCAAGGUCCCCUCAGAGCACAGAUAUGAGCCGUGGACAGCUCUAGCUCCUCUCUUCACCUCUCCAGAUAACUUUCUAUGUGCCUUUUUUAACACUUUUGUUUUUUUAUUAGCUUCUUUUACUUUUUGCACCGAACAUGUCGUGCCUUUUGCUGGGAGUUAUACGAAGGCGGGGUGGUGUUGGGGCAAGUGUUGGGGUUCGGUCCCUGGCCUCCAUCCCUUCGCUGCCCCCGGCAGUGGCAGAGUUUGUCAAGGGAGCAGUGGAAGAGUGCAAACCCAGCGGUGUGCAUGUGGUUACGGGGACGCCAGAGGAAACGGCCAACAUCCUGGCAGGCCUGGAGAAGGAAGGGAUGGUCAAGAGGCUUCCCAAAUAUGAUAACUGCUGGUUGGCACGUACAGACCCAAAGGAUGUGGCUCGGGUGGAGAGCAAGACAGUGAUUGUGACCAAGAACCAGAGGGACACCAUUCCUAUCCCUGCUGGAGGAGCGAAGAGCCAGUUGGGCAGCUGGAUGAGUGAGUCAGACUGGCAGAAAGCCAGAGAGGAGCGCUUCCCUGGCUGUAUGACAGGUCGGACCAUGUAUGUGAUUCCCUUCAGUAUGGGUCCAGUGGGCUCUUCUCUGUCCAAGUAUGGUGUCCAGGUGACCGACUCGCCAUACGUGGUGGCUAGCAUGGGCAUCAUGACACGAAUGGGCACCCCGGUCCUGAACAAACUGGCUGAAGGCGAGGAGUUUGUGCGCUGUCAACACUCUUUGGGACGACCUCUACCACUCAAAGCCCCUCUGGUCAACUCAUGGCCGUGUAACCCUGAAAAGGUGCUGAUAUCUCACCUGCCCGACUCCCGUAAAAUCAUGUCCUUCGGCAGCGGCUACGGAGGAAACUCUCUCUUGGGGAAGAAGUGCUUUGCCCUCCGCAUCGCCUCCCGCAUUGCCAAGGAUGAGGGCUGGCUGGCCGAACACAUGUUGAUUUUGGGUAUCACCAACCCUCAGGGAGUGAAGCGUUAUGUCGCUGCAGCAUUCCCCAGUGCCUGUGGUAAAACCAACUUGGCCAUGAUGAAACCAUCUCUGCCGGGCUGGAAGGUGGAGUGCGUGGGAGAUGACAUUGCAUGGAUGAAGUUUGACAGCCAAGGUAAACUGAGAGCCAUCAACCCAGAGAACGGUUUCUUCGGUGUGGCUCCAGGUACUUCGGCCAAGACCAACCCCUACGCCAUGGCCACCAUUGCCAGAAACACUGUGUUCACCAAUGUUGGCGAGACCAGUGAUGGAGGCGUGUGGUGGGAGGGUCUUGACCCCCCUGCUGCUGGUAUCAGCCUUACAGACUGGCACGGCAAAACCUGGAAGCAAGGCAGCUCGACCCCAUGUGCCCAUCCCAACUCCCGCUUCUGUACGCCGGCGGCUCAGUGUCCCAUCAUCGACCCCCUGUGGGAGAGCGAGGAGGGCGUUCCCAUCGAUGCCAUUAUCUUCGGUGGCAGGAGACCAGAAGGAGUUCCUCUGGUCUACGAGUCAUUCAACUGGCAACAUGGAGUGUUUGUUGGAGCCGCAAUGAGGUCUGAGGCCACGGCAGCUGCUGAGCAUAAAGGCAAGGUGAUUAUGCACGACCCAUUUGCCAUGCGGCCAUUCUUCGGGUACAACUUUGGGGACUACCUUGGUCACUGGCUGAGCAUGCAGAACCGAAAAGCCCCCACUCAUCUUCCCAAGAUUUUCCACGUCAACUGGUUCAGAAAGAAUCCCGCGUCCGGUGCCUUCCUCUGGCCUGGCUUUGGCGAAAACGCCCGUGUGCUGGAGUGGAUCUUCAAACGCUGCAGCCGUGAGAGAGAGGACGAGGGUGCUAAGAAGAGCAUUGUCGGCUGGGUGCCAGAAAAUGGCGCCAUUGAUACUAAAGGUCUCGGCAGCAACGUAGACAUGGGCGCUCUGUUUGACGUGCCCAAGUCUUUCUGGCAGAAUGAGACCAAGGAGUUGAGAGCAUACUUCACCCAGCAAGUUGGAGCUGACCUGCCCGCUCAGGUGGAGGCCGAGCUGAAUGCGCUGGAGGACAGGGUGCACAAUUAAAACCUUACUGACCUCAGAAACGGAGAGAGUCACUGAUGACAAGAUAAUGAUCAUUAGGGUGCAAUCACAGCCAGUGGCUGGGUUUACAUACAAGGAGAAUUUAGUUCAGAGCUAAAAAAUCCCCACUAUCAAACUUUCUCUGUGCAUGAAAACUCAGCCAGUGAUUCCUUCCUUUCUCUUUUAUGAAGAGAAAUCGGUUCAUAAUGUAAUGUCAGAGGUGGUAUGAGAGGGGAAACUAAUAAUCUACAAUACAACAUCUACCUUUGUGUCACUACUUAACACUAACACUGCAACACUGAAUGACUAGUGCUGGGUUGUUGGUGGGAGGGAGGUUUGACUCUCAAAGUGAAGGUCAGAUUUCUGUGAAGUUAUCAAAUUUGUCAUGUAGACACGCUAAUGUCACUCAACCACCAUGGUGCACAAUCAAUAUGGCCUAGCAGUGCCUUCGAGACAUUUAACAAUACAGUGUCCAGGCUGCUAAUGUUUACAGGCUGAAACCCAAAGAUCUUUUUUUAUGGCAAAAAUCUGACAAGUUUUAAAAUUUGUAUUCAUUAAGAUGUUUUAAGUCAGUUUUAGCACCAGCUCUUUUAAUUCACUAUUGUCUCAUGAAAUGUCCUUUAUUUUUUAAAUUGAGCUUUAUAACCAAAAAACAACCAUCAAAGAUCCGUUACCUAUUCAGUACAUUGUAGCCCAGGAUCACUAUUCUUAAUUCAUUUAGCUACUUUUGUAAUGUUUGUGAUUAAACUGUAUGAUUUCAGGUGAUGUUUACACACAAUAUGUGAAAUGUUGGACCAAUAAAUGCGACUGAGAUUAUUAGGUAUUUUUAGAAGUUGUAUGCAAAGGUUUUUAUUACAGUGCAAUGAAUAAAUAUCUUCAAAUGCAAUUUUA